AUGUCCACCGGAAUCGACAACCAAAACACUCACAAACCCUCGCAUCAGCCAGUCCACUCUCUGCACUCGCGGAGACGGUCUCCCACCGACGCGGUGUCCCCGAAAAGUGCCCUGAACGCGAGCGCCUUGCCAAUGUAUCACGAGAAACCGACAAUGGCGCAAAGGUCGCGGCUUGUCAAGGCCGGUAUUAUCAUUGCCGCAGCGUUUCUCUUCCUCUUGUACCUCGUUCCAUCCAGACCCUCUGUCGCCAAUAUUAUCACAGAUAAGCAAACCCCAUCGUCAUCGGCCGACGCCGUGAAAUGCACCAAAUCCUAUGAUUCGUCCAAACCGCUGAGACAAUAUGUUUUGAUGAUUGACGCUGGAAGCACGGGAUCCCGUAUCCAUGUCUACCGCUUCAACAACUGCGGCCCAACUCCUGAACUGGAAGAUGAAGUGUUCAAGAUGACCGAGAAGAAGAAAGGCGGUUCCGGCCUGAGCUCCUUCAAGACGGACGCGGAGGGUGCAGCACAGAGUCUCGACGUCUUGAUGGAUGCCGCUAUGCAGGCAGUUCCCGACGAAUACAAGUCUUGCACCCCGGUUGCAGUAAAGGCCACCGCCGGCUUGCGGCUGCUUGGAGCGGAUAUGAGCGAUAAGAUCCUAGACGCUGUGAGACAUCGCCUAGAAACCGUCUAUCCUUUCCCUGUUGUUGCCAAGGAGCAAGGCGGUGUAGAGAUUAUGGAGGGUAAAGAUGAAGGUGUCUACGCAUGGAUCACAACCAAUUAUCUCCUCGGCAAAAUCGGUGGCCCCGACAAGACUCCUACGGCGGCUAUCUUCGAUCUGGGAGGUGGUUCGACGCAGAUUGUGUUCCAGCCGACAUUUGAUAGCGCAACUGGUGGCAUGCCCGAGAAGAUGGAGGAUGGUGAUCACAAAUUUGAAUUGCAAUUUGGUGGACGCUAUUUCGAACUUUACCAGCAUUCCCACCUUAACUACGGUCUCAUGUCGGCCCGUAAGGAAAUUCACGCAUCUCUUAUUGAAAACAAACUUGCACUGAGCCCCACCGACUUGUCUUGGACCACCCAGCCAAUCCCCAAUCCUUGCAUCGGCCCUGGUAUGGAGCAACAAGUCAACCUUACGUUCCCUGUUGGUCACGCUCUUGGUCCUGAGCUUUCAGUAACAAUGGCUGGUCCCAAGGAAUUGUCUGCCCCCGCCCAAUGUCGUGGCUUAACCGAGAAGAUUCUGAAGAAAGAAGCCGACUGCAAACUUGCUCCAUGCUCAUUCAAUGGUGUUCAUCAACCGUCUCUAGAGAAGACCUUUGCCCAGGAGGACGUGUACAUCUUUUCUUACUUUUAUGACCGCACAAAACCGCUUGGCAUGCCUGAUUCAUUUACUCUCCACGAACUGCAGCGUUUGACUGAGCUCGUCUGCGCUGGUAAGGAAAGCUGGGGCCUUUUCGAAGGCAUCGAGGGGGCAAUGGAAGAACUCCAAGGCCGCCCAGAGUCUUGCUUGGAUCUCAACUUCAUGUUGGGUCUUCUUCACACUGGCUAUGAGAUGCCUCUUUCUCGGGAGGUGAAGAUUGCCAAGAAAAUCAAGAACAAUGAACUCGGCUGGUGCUUGGGUGCAAGCUUGCCACUUUUGAGCCAGGAAGCAGGCUGGACCUGCCGUAUCAAGGAGGUAUCCUAA